UUGCCAUGAUUUGAGUAUUUGACAAUGACCUGGUAUAAUUAAAACCAUUGUACAUUCAUGGCCUUCCCUUCUUUGCUUCCCAUAAAUUUAUCAAAGAGAUGAAGAUGCUCAAUUUCAAUGCUAUUGUAUUGUCAACUUCAAUAUUGUUCUUAUUCAGACCUUGCCAUGCUGACACUAAUGCUAUUGCUGGUACUGAAUGUUCAGAGGCUGAUAAUUCUACCUCUGAAAAUGCAUUUCAAACCAAACUCAACAAUCUUCUCAAUUCUCUGGCUGCAAAGGGAAUUCUUCAGCAUGGUUUCCAUACAUCUACAGAAGGAAAAGGAUCAAACAAGAUUUAUGGUCUUGCACAAUGUAGAGGUGAUGUUUUUGGACCAGAUUGUGAAAAUUGCACCAAGGAGUCCAUCAGAGUAGCUGAGAAUGACUGUUCACAGAGUAAAAAGGUUAAGGUUUGGUUCAAAUGGUGUUUUCUUCGCUAUUCGGAUGAGGAUUUCUUUGGUAUUUGGGAUCAAACUUCAGAGGCUUUAACUAAUGAUACAAAUUUUGAUGAUCCAUCAGUGGUUUCAAGAGGGUUUAACUUUAUGACUGAACUUGCAAUCACGGCUCCAAAGCAGCCUCAAUUAUUCCAGACGUCAGUCUUCGAUGCUGGGGCAACUGGGAAGAGAUAUGGGAUGGCUCAGUGCACCAGAGAUAUCAGUAGGAGUGACUGUAGCAAAUGCUUGGAUAAUCAAUUGAUGACUUUUAGAACUACAGUUGGAAAUAAAAGAGGAUGGGAAAUUUAUGGGUCAAGUUGUAGCAUGUGGUACCAUGAUUUUCAGUUUUUUUUCAACAUCUCCUCCCGUGCAAGUGAAGGCUUCAGAAUAUCAUCACUAUGUUCAGUGGUUGCAGUUGCCAUGAUGGUGGCAGUGCUAAAGCUUCUUUUAAUUUUAUAGUCUGGAAGAGCAAUCUGAUAUCAUAUCCAGGAGAUAAAAAUUUUGGGUUGUCAGUAAGCAAUAUUAUACUGAUUAUCUAAAUUUCCCUUUCUGAUCAAUGUAAACGACUUCUUAACUUCUGUCAUGGAGGGUGGAACUGCU